AUGGCUCUACCGCAGGCGAAAAGGAAGAAGGAUGCGGAUGAAGCAUGCAUGCUGCAUGGACAGAUCAAGGACAUGGAACGCCAAAAGACCGCACUGAAGGCCGAGUCAGAGGAAUUCGACCGCAAGAUUGAUGAAGUCCGCGCCGAGACGCGCAGCAUUGAGGCGCGCACGACGGGGAUGAAGUACACCCGUAGCGUGCCUAUGAUCGAUCUAGAUGUGCUUGAUGCCAUUCGCGCAGAGGAUCUAGCGGCAGCAUUUAGUGAACUGAAGAAGAUCCUGGAGCAAUUUCUCAACAAGUUGCAGAGCGUUGUUGAGAACAAUAUGGUUGGUCGCUACAAGCAGCUCCUCGAGAUACUCAAGGAAGCGUCCCAGGACAACAAGAAAGAUCUGAUUGCAAAGGCUACGAAGAGCACGUUCUUGACCAUCUCGGAGAUGCUGAACGCCUGGCUCAAGAGGAACUCACCGCCGUUCACGUCCCGAAAAUGUUUGUACAUGGGAUGA